ACGGAGUCAGAAACCUGCCCCUGAGAGCGGCCCCCUGUGCCAGACUCAGGCUUGUGUCUGUUGGACCCAUGCCAGCUCCUCCGCCUCUGGCGCCUGCUGCACCACAUGCUGCACCCAUCUCUGUGACAGCUUCCAGGGCCCUUUCCCCCUCCCAGCUCCCAGCCUCUUCUAGUGCAGGGAUGUGUGCGUGAAAAUGAGCCAGCUUGGAAUGUCCCUGGGGUCCCAGGGGGCUGUGCUGGGCUGACCCCAGGCAGCAGCUGAGCACCCACACAGCCACUGGCUCCCCCCUGCAGUGGGAUGGGGAGAAAAUAGGAAGAGGAAAAGCAAAAAAAACCCUGUGAGUUGAGAUAAAGACACUUUAACCUGUAAAGGAAAGAGGAAAAAAAUAAAAAAAUAAAAUCCCAGACCACAGCACAGUCACUCAUCGCCUCCCACCAGCAGCCGGGUGCCCAGCCAGUCUCCAAGCAACAGCCAGGCUGGGAGCCAAAACCCUUCCUCUGCCUCUAGGCUCACUGUGAGGAUGAUGCUGUAUCAUGGAUACAGCCGCUUUGGCUGCUGGGGUCAGCUGUCCCAGCUCUGCCCCAUCGCAGCCUCCUGCCCACCCCAGCCUCCCCACUGCGGGAGAGAGUGGGAAGAAGGGGGAGCCUUGAUGCUGGGUGAGCCCUGUGCAGUGGCAGCCCAAACACCAGCAUCUUGUCAAGGCUGUUCCAGAACAAAGCCAGAGCAGCUGAGGAAGAGCUGAAGGAGGGUGACGCCAGUCCAGCCAGAUACAGCACAGGGCCUCUGGGGCAGCUGGCAGCCACCCCCUCCCCCCCUCCUCCCCACAUCCCUCCAGCUUGUCCCCAGCUCCUGACCGCUCUGGGACGAUCCCGCUACCCAGUGGGAUGUGCUCAUUGCCAACCUCCUGCCUGCACAGCCCCUUACCCCUGCAGGGGCAUUCUUGGGUGCCCCUGUGCCCAUGAGUGUCAUUGCAUCUCUUCAGCCCUUUGCCCCCCACCCCCCCACCCCCCCAGCCACACCACACAGCACCACGGCACCACUCUGGGACCAGCCAUCGCCACACAGGUGACAGCACCCCACGGACCACACAUCCCCUCCCAUGCUGGUCCAUGCCCAAACUGGCUCCCAGAGCCUCAUCCUGCCCAGUGAGGGACCAGGGUCCCAGGCAGGGGUCCCCACGGCCAGGGGUCACUGGUGGACCCUGGACAGGCUCCCAGCAGAGCGCAUCGACGGUGGCAGCAAGCAGAUGGUGGGGCGGGCCGAGCCGAGCCGACAAUCCCCCUAAUCCCAUCAGGGCAGCAGAGGCUGAGUGGAGCCAAGCUGGGCCAUGGCGGGCACACGGGCGCACGGGCGUCUCCUGCACUCGCUGCUCUGCCAGCUGUGCUGCAGUUGUGGGGGCAGCUCCUGCUGUGGGCUCCGCAUGUCCACAGGCACCCGGAUCCUCUACACACUCUUGCAUGUCCUGGCCUCUGCCGUGUGCUGCCUCAUGCUGUCCCGCACUGUGGCCCAGGCUGUCAGGGAGAAGGUGCCCUUCUCAGCGGUGCUGUGCAAACACAUGCCUGGGGGCAUGGACUGCGAGCGGCUGGUGGGCUCCUCGGCUGUGUACCGGGUCUGCUUUGGCACCUCCUGCUUCCACCUGGCACAGGCUGCCCUGCUCCUCAAUGUGCGCUCCAGUGCUGACUGCCGUGCGCAGCUCCACAACGGGUUCUGGCUCCUGAAGCUGCUGGUACUGGUGGGGCUCUGUGCUGCCAGCUUCUUCAUCCCUGAGGACGGCUUCAUCCAAGCCUGGCACUACACAGGAGUCUGUGGGGGCUUCGCCUUUAUCCUCAUCCAGCUGGUGCUCAUCACCGCCUUUGCGCACACCUGGAACAAGAAUUGGCUGACGGGUGCCUCACAGGACAAGCGCUGGUACCUGGCUGUGCUGCUGGCCACGGCCGCCUUCUACACCCUUGCUUCUGCCGCCUUCUCCUUCCUCUACAAGUACUACACGCACCCAGCCGCCUGCCACCUCAACAAGGCACUGCUCACGUUCAAUGGCAGCCUCUGCGGCAUCAUGUCCUUCAUCUCCAUCACACCCUGUGUGCGGCUCAAGCAGCCACGGUCAGGGCUGCUGCAGUCCUCAAUCAUCAGCUGCUACGUGAUGUACCUCACCUUCUCUGCACUGUCCAGCCGUCCCCCGGAGAGAGUGCUCUACAAGGGGCAGAACCUCACCGUCUGCUUCCCAGGCGUCCGGCAGGACGAGCUGCAGACAGAGGACACCACCGUCGCCGUCCUGGGGGCUGCCAUCAUGUACGCCUGUGUGCUCUUCGCAUGUAAUGAAGCCUCCUACCUCGCUGAGGUCUUCGGGCCCCUCUGGAUGGUCAAAGUUUACAGCUUUGAGUUUAAAAAACCCUCCUGUUGCUUCUGCUGCCCCGAGAAGAUGGAGGAGGAGCUGAGAGGCACUGAGCAGACAUGUGAGCAAGCAGAGGAGACUGCUGGAGGACAGUGCAUCAUCCAGGACGAGAGAGACCGGGUGGUCUACAGCUACUCAGCCUUCCACUUUGUCUUCUUCCUCGCCUCUCUCUACGUCAUGAUGACCCUCACCAACUGGUUCAGCUUCGAGAAUGCAGUGCUGGAGACCACCUUCACACAUGGCAGCUGGUCGACCUUCUGGGUGAAGGUGUCCUCGUGCUGGGCCUGUGUCCUGCUCUACCUGUGGCUGCUGCUGAGCCCACUCUGCCUCUGCGGCUCUCCCCAGCACCGGCGCAGCAGCCCGGCCCUGCGCAUCCUGCGGCGACGGCGCGCCUUGCAGCGCAUCAGUGUCUCCACGUAGUCCCUGCUGGGAUGGACUGUGCCUGGCCCUGUGUGUGUCAGCAGCCAGUGCUGGGGUCUGCCAUGUCCUGUGCCUGUGCUUGGGCCCCGCUGGUUCCGCUGGCCUCCCCUGACCCCCUGUCCCAGGAGACAGCAGCAUCAGAGAGCCUGAGGGGGACCCAGGAGCUGGGUGCUCCCAGGGACAUGGGUCCUGUGCUGAGCAGGGGCCAGCCAGAGCAAGCCCAGGUAGCGGGUGCUCAGCCCCGGCUGGUGCCAGCACUGGGAGGUGGCUCCUGCUGCACACCGGCUGCCCUGGCCUGGGGCUCGCCAGGGGAGCGGGGCCCUGCCCCGGCUGCCUCUGCGUCUCAGCUCACCUGCAAGCA